AUGAAAGGAGUAGAGCCCCCUGGUUUUUCAUUCCAAAUAGUGAACACAAACAUGGACGAAUUUAGCCCUCGUGCUCGUAGGCGAAGUGCAUUGCUGACAUGGCAGCAUAUUGCUUCAUUACCUCCUAGCUUGCCAGUUGUAUAUUGUGGAGGUUUUAAUACACAAAAAGAGUCCACCACAGGACGCUUUCUUUUGGGGAGAUCAAGAGAACAUGGUGUGGUAGGUGAUAUGAGAGAUGCAUGGCCUAACGCCCGAUUGAGGAAAAAUGUGUCUCUUAUACGCACGUUUCAUGGAUUUAAAGGCAACAAACAAGGAGCUGUUGAGUUUUUUAAGUUGAUUUUUCGUGCACUUUGCUUGUGUUGGGAUCGACAAACUCAAGAUUUGCAUGUAGAUUGGAUCCUGUUUAGGGGAAGAUCAUUGGUGCCUGUUUCAUGUGAAGUGGUGAAUGAUAAUAUUGAUGGUCAAUACCCGUCUUCUCAUUAUCCAAUCUUUGCUGAAUUCAUGCUUCCAAGAACAGUCAGACUCCUGGAUCCGCCACCUGUCCAAGAUGAUGCAACUUCUCCACUUUCUUGAUUUUUUUUGUUUGUUUAUAUUUAUUCAACUUAUUUGCUUGAUUGCUUGGUGUUUCUUUCUUGAUACCAAAAUUGUUACUCUAAUUCUUGGAAAUUUUUGUGGGAUUUGAUUGAAAUUUGUGACUCCA